AUGAGUACUCGUUCACAAAGAGGAUAUAAUGAUAACAAUGACAAUUAUUCAAAUUACCACAAUUAUCAACGGAGAAAUAGUGGAAGAAAUAAUAGAUACUUUGGACCACCAUAUGUUCCAUCAACUUAUCGAUCUCAACCUGAGCUUAAGUUUAAAGUAACCAAUGUGCCAUAUAAAGCAACAACCGCCGAGUUAAAAGAAUAUUUCAGCUCAUAUGGUAGUGUUCAUGAAUUGUAUAUUGACUUAGAUGAUAGUGAUGGAAUAGAACGGCCAACUGGAAUUAUUUUUAUUACAUUUAGACCUCCUCCACGGCAACCAUUCUGGAAUAAUGCUAUUCGUUUUCAUGGUCGAGAAUUAAGAUUCGAAUAUAAACCAUAUAAUAAUAAAUUUUUAGACUAUUCUGAUAGUGAAUAUAAGAUUAAAGAAGAUUGUAUUUACGCAGAAUGCGUCGAAAUGGGUGCAUUUAUUCAACCCAAAACCUUUGCCCCAGAAGCAAGGUUUACUGAAAAAAUAAAAUUUUCUCUCGAUUAUAAGUGGCGUACUAUUACUAUCCAGUUUGGAUUUCAAAGAGAUCAUAUUUUCAAGUUGGAAAUUCAAUUCAAUCAUAUCGAUGGUGAAGUUUUAGUUGAAUUUGAGGGCUCUAAUCAUCAAUGUUCAAAAGCUCAUCUUACAGUUGCAAGCAAAUUUCCUGCGAAAUAUUGGAUCUUUAAACCUAAUGCUCAAUCUGGAAACCAAUUUAGUUGGAGACAUGAUGAGUGUUGGAUGAGAAAGACUGAAAUUCGUGUUGUUCCACGAAGUCGUGAGGAACAAACUUUACCUUUACAACUCAAUAUGCCAAAUAGGAGUGAUCAAAUUAGUAGAUGGCUUGUUUUUAGAGUCACUUUUGAUUUUAAUGAUGUAAAUACAGAUUACAUAGAUUUUGAGCAGAUAUUGAGAAGAGUUUAUGGAUAUAAUAUUCUAUCAAAUCCCGGUGACCCUAAUCUUCGCAUAAGGGUUUUACCAGCAGAAUCAGGUUCAAAAAUUACAGAUAGGUCUAUGCUACCUUUUGAUGUUCUUUAUGCGAUUGAAA